AAAAAAUUGGAUUCAUUCAUGUCAUUGUACUCAUACUGCUCAACGCUCAAUAUUGCUCAUUGCAGCACAAGUUUUAUUGUUGAAUACACGGAAUAACAGUGAAUUUUAUUUUUAAUAUUGAUCAUAGAUCGUUAACUUUUCUACAAGUGUUGUUGGUUGUGUGUUUUUAAUUGUCUUUACCUUGCCGAAUCUGAUAUAGUUGACCGUAUUGAGCUUAAUUUUAUCGUUAAGAUCUUUAUCGCUGCUGUAAUUUAUACACGUUUUAUUGAAUAAUAGACAAAAAUGGAUAACGUAAAGGCCGGGGACAACGUUUUAGUAAUUUGGAACAGUGAUAACCAAAGCAGCAUUAGCAAUUUAGUGGAAGAAAUAAAAGCCGUCAUAAAAAAUGGGUCAGUCGUUCUGGAAAACUCUGAAAUGAUAACGGAAUCAUCCCGACCUCAUUCAUCAUUUGAAGCUGUAUUAUCAAACUGGCUGCCACCCCACACAGUGAAACACACUGACAACAUUCUGGCAAUUAUUGUCAAACUCCUGAAACCCAGCGGCAAACUCAUUCUCAAAGAUGAAACAGAUUUAACCACAUCACUCAAGUUAAAUGGAUUUGUUAAUGUCACAAAGUCUUCGGACAAUUUAUAUUUAGCUGAAAAACCUAAAUUUGAGAUUGGUUCCAAAGCAUCAUUAAAACUAAAUGGCCAGCCUGCAGUAUGGAAAAUUGAGGAUACGGUCGAAGAAGCAUGGACUGGUGCUAAUGAUGAUGACAUCAUUGAUGAUAACCAACUCCUGGAUGAAAAUGAUCUGAAGAAACCAGACCAAAGCUCACUGAGAGUGUGUGCGACUACUGGCAAGAGAAAAGCGUGUGCGGAUUGUUCCUGUGGCCUGGCUGAGGAACUGCGGGGUGAGGUCAAGGAGACUCCGAAAUCCUCUUGUGGAAGUGUGAGUAUCUACAAAAUACUUGUAGUAAAAAAGAAACAAUUUGAUUCACGACAAAUGACUAUAAUGAAUUACGAAUAUAGCAAAAGCUAAUCAGUUCAGCGGGCCUAAAGUCAUCUCUUAAAGUAAUAUUAAAGCGAGACAGCGCAAUACACAUUAGCUUUGUCCAGUAACAAUCCCAUAAGACCUUUUAAAAACACUUAAGAAAUUAUACUUAAAGUUAUAAUGCAACUCAUUAUAUUGCGCACUGUUCGUAAAUAAAUUUAUCGCCAAUAAUUAUUCUAAAUAGUAAAGGAUUUACAAUAUUGAAUGGACGCAAACAAUACCAUUAGUCUGCCCGGGGCCAAUCUAAAAUACCUGCUAAUAAAUGAAUUACAAAAAAGUCUACUGAACGAAACAAGAAAUAAAGUAGUUCAUGAUCACGCACACAAGGUUAAUCUAAA